AGCAACACCUUCAUUCCCCUGGUUUAAGUGAAGAAAGAACGCUUUGCCGCUACUCGACUUCGAUUCCAAACCCUCACAGAAAAGGGGAAAAAAUCUCUACUCCUGCUCAGAAGCAAAGCCCAGGGCUGUCGUCCAUUCCAUUUUCUUUCUUUCUUUCUUUCUUUCUUUCUUUCUUUUCAUUUCAUCCGUGCAAGCAAAGCCUGGGGUUGUCGUCGGUUUUCUUCCGGCCGGGAAGCUAAGGAUCGGAGACGGAUCGAAUGGGCGGCGCUGGGGCCGGGCCGCCGCCGCCGCCGACGUCGUGGUGGCGGGCGGUGGCGGCGGCCGCUGUGGCGCUGUGGCUGGUCCCGGCGGUGCUGGCGCUGGCGUUCCUCUGGCUGCCGCCGCUCUGCUGCGCCGUGGCCGCCGUCCGCUUCGUCAGGGUGAGGAGGAAGCUGGUGACGCUGACGGCCAGCAGCAGGAGAGCAUCGCGUGGCUGCUGCGACGGCGACGGCCGCGGGCUGGAGGUGGAGAGCACGAUGGUGGACGCCGCCGGCGGAGGCCGGCUCCGGCUCCGGCUGCUGCACCAGUACCUCGACGACCAGAUGGAGCUCGUCGGAGGAAGCCACGAGGGGCAGGAAGAAGAAGGAGCCGCCGUUUCUUGUUGAUCCGACGGCGAAACUGUACUAGUAGUGCUAACUGCUAAAGAAGACUAGAAGGGACAGAGAAACUGAAACCCCCAAAGCUUUUCUUUUUCAUUUCGGUUUGCAGUUCGUCGCCCUGUGAAAACAGAGGUGUUAGCAAAUUAAAUGAGUUUGCAAUUUCUUCCUUGAUUGUUGACUUGCAGAUCUUCCAAUCCGGGUUCCGGGAGAAUAUGAUGUAACCGUACCUGAUAUAGUGGUGAUAUACCUUUUUACUGUCAAC